CCUCGCUGAGCCAAUGGCUCAGCGCCUACUUCUCCGAACUGGCAACGGUCUAGCAGCAUCUCAGCAGCUCUUCUAAACUCUGCUGACUCGAUGGAAGAGUUUACCUAACCACACGCGAGCACCUACAUCCUUAUCACCGAUCCUACUUGCACGGUCUUUACCGCAUACUUUCUGUUACAGAGGCCCCCCUAAUAUAUCUACAUGGAUUACACCAUCAUUGAUUACGUUGAUUGCAGGGGCCAGCCCGAGAGAUUCUACCAAGAACCGGUCGGUACCCCAAAGCGCAUCAAGCCUGUAUUCGAUAUACGUUUCUUCCAGAGCGCGUACUAUCUGGAUGGUGAACUUGCCGGUGCCAUCGCAGGCACAAUCAAGCUCAAUAUCACUGAUCAGCGGACUUUGGUGGUCUGCGGCAUUAUGGAGCGCGCAUACCCUAUGGACACUAGAGCUCCCGCGAUCCAAUCAACAACGGUUGAAAAGGAGAUGGACGCGGAGUUGAAGUCGACAUCGGAUGAAAAGAAAAAGUACCGCGAGAAUCCAAAAGAUGAGACGGCUGCAAUCGGGAACGAUAUCCAUUCUGUUCAAGAUGCCCAGGCGCCCUCAGACGGACAAAGUGAUACAGAUCUUGAAGCGAUGCCACAACCAGCCUUUCAGGAGGAGAGCAGUGACCAGGGUGAGGGGAGUCGACAGAAACCACGAGUCUACAUAGUCCCGCAACUUCGAGCAAAAGACAAGGGAAGGGGCCGACCCAAAGGGAUUUUGCGGAAGCCAGGUAGUGAGAACGACGAGCUUGAGAGUGACGAUGAUCAGCAAGAUCGAGCAGACUUCAAUGAGCGCAUGAAAACCUUCAUUUACACUGGUGAUCGACCAAAUCCCUCAACGACCUGGGUCUGGGUGUUGGCUGAGCGAAAGGUUGGCCCGUUCUUUCGCUCCUUCCGCUUUAAGAGACCGAUCAACUGGGAUGCCGCGCAAAGCCGCUUUAUGAAUGGCCUUCUUCUCCUCAGGCUUCCGGUGAUUGUGGGGCCUAAGAAACGGGUUCGUUUCAAGCUUGGUGAUGAUUAGGCUAGUGCGAUCUCAUGCUAUCUUGUACAGGGGCUAUAAUACUACGGAUUUGGGGUUGUCUUCGAUAUUCUUCAGUGGGUGUAC